AAAAAAAUAAUGGGAGGAGGACAUUACUAAAUACUUUGCCACUCUGCUUCUCUCAUUUUUUUUCCUCCUUCUUCUUCCCUUUUCUGCUCUUUCUUUGUUGGGUCUUGUUCUUCUACUGUGCUGUGCUUUCUGUGUUCUGAAGAAUUUUUCAGCCUUAGAGAUAUGUCUCCUGCAGCUGCUACUCAGAUGGGCCACCUCUGUCGAAAUUUCCUCUGAAUUUUCAUCUGGGUUGCUGUCUUUGCUUAGGCAUAUCAAACUGAACCAGAUACAGUAGUCAGGACUUGGAAGUGCUUUGUUCUUAUAAAAUUCUGCCGCAACAUGGCGAAAAAUUUAACAACAGUUAACUCAUCUGCGCUUUAUAAAUAUUGGAUUAUAAAUGUGAAAUUUAUGUUAUUGAGUUGUGCAGUCUCCUGUUGCUGCUGCACCUUUGGAUCAUGGAUUCAUGGUUAUGAGUUGGUUAAUGAAGCUAAAUGAUAUUUCAGCAGGGAGCACAACAAGCUCCAAAGAUCUCUGCACAUUGAUAUUAACUAUUCUUAUAAGGGGGUUCUAUCCGCGAAACGUAAUCAGAUACUUUAGGAAGUGAGUGAUUUUGUUGAAAGAUAUUGGGGUGUGAUGGACAGGUCAGACACAUCAGGCUUUGUUAGCGGUGGAGGUUGCGUAUUAGGAUUUCGUCUACUUGUUCAUUCAGUUCUGAUAUGUCCGCUUACUAAUUGUAUGUGAUAAAGAGUAGUCUGUUAUUCGGAUAGCUUAAAACCCAGUUCUCAGAAAAUGGAUUUGAACAAGAAGAGUGUACUAUUUUCCCAUGAUGGGGAAUUCACGAAAAAUGACCACUUUGGCUUUGGCGAUACAGCUCUAUGCUUGAAUAGCCCUGGCUCAGGUGGAAGCAACACAACCAGGUAUAGGUGUACUCGAAGCACUUUCAACAUUAACUCUUCCAGUGCACCCGAGGACAGCUGCAAAUUGGUACUUGGAUUGGGCCCAACACCAAGUGCCUACUGCGAUGAUUAUUAUAAUUUCGGAUCUACAAAGAACAGAGGAUUACCCACUGCAUUAUCUCAGAGAUUUGCAUCUGAGGGUGAUUCAAUCCUCCAACUUGGUCUUUCUGGAGGGCAUCUUGAAGCUUCAGCUAUGCUUGAUUAUUCAAUUUCAGGAGAGACUGAUAUUAAUGCAUCCUAUAUCCAGAACCAAGUAUCUUCUGAAGUCUCAAUUCCAAUUGUUGAUGAGGGUUCUACUUCAGCCAAGAAAUCAGGUGGUUAUAUGCCAUCACUUCUUUUUGCUCCAAGAAGAGAAAGUGCCAAGGUUUCUCUGCUGACUCAAGAACUUUUAGAGCUCAGGUCCAAACCCCAGCUGAGAAAUGAACCUUCUGCUACAGCAGAUUACUCAACAGGAACAAUCUCUGAGCAGGCAACCACAGGGACAACUUCAGACCACCGAACUAGCAAUCCUAAGAAAUGCAAAUUUUUUGGCUGUAGAAAGGGAGCACGAGGGGCAUCAGGUCUUUGUAUUGGCCAUGGGGGCGGACAGAGGUGUCAGAAACCUGGGUGCAACAAGGGUGCUGAGAGCCGAACAGCAUACUGCAAGGCACAUGGUGGAGGAAAGAGGUGCCAACACUUGGGGUGCACUAAAAGUGCUGAGGGGAAAACAGAUUACUGCAUAGCUCAUGGUGGUGGCAAACGAUGUGGUUAUCCAGGUGGAUGUACCAAGGCUGCUAGAGGAAGGUCAGGGCUUUGCAUUAGACAUGGUGGAGGGAAAAGAUGUAAGGUUGAUGGCUGCACUCGUAGUGCCGAAGGACAGGCUGGUUUAUGCAUCUCGCAUGGCGGUGGUCGCCGUUGCCAGUACCAGGGAUGUGCAAAGGGGGCGCAAGGGAGCACUAUGUAUUGCAAGGCACAUGGUGGUGGAAAGCGUUGCAUAUUUCAAGGGUGCACCAAGGGUGCUGAAGGAAGUACACCACUAUGCAAGGGACAUGGUGGGGGGAAGCGCUGCCUUUUCGAUGGUGGUGGGAUUUGCCCUAAGAGUGUACAUGGAGGCACUAAUUUCUGUGUUGCUCAUGGUGGUGGAAAGAGGUGUUCUGUGCCAGGCUGCACAAAAAGCGCCCGUGGCCGUACUGACUCUUGUGUUAGGCAUGGUGGAGGUAAGAGGUGUAAGUUUGACAACUGUGGAAAAAGUGCCCAAGGAAGCACAGACUUCUGCAAGGCCCAUGGUGGGGGAAAGCGGUGUACAUGGGAAGAGGGUAAAUGUGAAAAAUUCGCCAGGGGAAAGAGUGGUUUAUGUGCUGCUCAUAGCAGCAUGGUGCAGGACCGGGAGACAAAUAAGGGAGGUCUCAUUGGACCAGGACUUUUCCAUGGGCUUGUAUCUGCGUCUUCAACAGCAGGAAGCAGCUUUGAUAACAAUCAUUCUUCUUCAGGGAUCAGUGUCAUAUCUGACAGCGUUGAAUCACUGGAAAAGCCAGGAAAAAGACAUCUCAUACCCUCGCAGGUAUUGGUUCCACUAUCGAUGAAGUCCUCCUCAUCCUAUUCAAAUUUCUUCGGUUCUGAGAAGCCUGAUGAACAGAGAAACGAGUAUGGCAUUGGUGUCGAUAGUAGUGACGGAAUAAAGAGCUUGGACUUUAAAAUUCCAGAAGGGAGGGUCCAUGGAGGACCCCUCAUGUCACUAUUUGGUGGUGACCUGAAAAAUGCUAUUGAUGGCAUCUGAGUUAUAAGUUGGUGCCUUAAAUUUGUAGAUUAUUAUUGUAUAAUUGGGAUAUUUUUGGUGAUGGGAGUUGUGUAUAAUUUUCUGCUCAACGACACUCGUAUAUAGUUUGUGCACUUUACUGUAAUGCCAGUCAUGGGGAUUUUUGACUCUCUGAUUUGUGGAUUAUGCUGUUUAAUGGCCAUAAAUGGUGGAAACAUUUACAUCAGUUUGCAUGCUGUUUCAAA